CUCGUUGCUAGGGGCGGAGGCGCGGGAGGCUGUGGAGCUUAGAGGCUGCGGACGCCCUCGGGCUCCGCGUUCCUGCUGGCCUCAGCUCCAACCCCGCCAGUCCAUCGAGAUUAGGAAGUAGCUGCCUAGAAUUGUUUUCCAAAAGAUACACAUUACAAAUCUUUGAAUACAGCAGCUCACCAAGAAGAUCUAUUGAUUUGCGGGGAAUACAACUUACAGCAGCCACAAGGGAUGCUGCCACUUGGGUGCCAACUGAAACAAGCUCCUUUACAGAAGAUUUCGUGUAGGCUCUGUGCCAGGAUGGGAAAACUACAAAGCAAACUCAAACACAGUACUUAUAAAUACAGCAGGCCUGAUGGAAUUAUAGAAGAGAAAAUUCAAACUAAAGCUUUUCAAGAGUAUAGCCCAGCUCAUCUGGAUACCGUCUCUGCUGUUGCUGCUCUGAAUUCAGACCUUUGUAUCUCUGGAGGAAAAGAUAAGACUGUUGUGGCCUAUGAUUGGAAAACUGGAAAUGUGGUGAAAAGGUUCAAAGGACAUGAGAAUGAAAUCACCAAGAUAGCCUGUAUUCCCAAAUCAAGCCAGUUCUUCAGUGCCUCUCGUGACAGAAUGGUCAUGAUGUGGGACUUGCAUGGUUCCUCACAACCUAGGCAGCAAUUGUCUGGCCACACCAUGGUGGUGACCGGGUUGGCUGUGGGUCCAGACUUGUCACAGUUGUGCACUGGUUCUCGGGACAACACCCUGCUUCUGUGGGAUUUGGGAACCGGACAGUGUGUGGAGAGAGCAUCUGUCUCCAGGAAUGUGGUCACUCACCUGUGCUGGGUCCCCAGAGAACCAUAUGUACUGCAGACCUCUGAGGAUAAAACCAUCAGAUUAUGGGACAGUCGGGGGCUACGCGUAGCUCAUAUGUUUCCUGCAAAGCAGCACAUUCAGACCUACUGUGAAGUCAGUGUAGAUGGACACAAGUGUAUCUCAUGCAGCAAUGGCUUUGGAGGGGAAGGCUGUGAAGCCACGUUGUGGGACCUAAGACAGACACGGAACAAAAUAUGUGAAUAUAAGGGGCAUUUCCAGACCGUUGCAUCCUGUGUCUUCCUACCAAGAGCAUUGGCCUUGAUGCCUGUAAUUGCUACUUCAUCACAUGAUUGCAAGGUGAAGAUUUGGAACCAAGAUACUGGAGCCUGCCUUUCCACCUUGUGUCUGGAUGGAGCAGGACCUUUGACCUCCCUGGCUGUUGGUGAUACCACCUCCUUGUUGUGUGCAAGUUUCAACAAAGGAAUUCACUUACUCAGAGUGGACCACAGCCGGGGGCUGGAACUGCAGGAAGUGGCAGCAUUCUGAGACCAAGGGACACGAUCACUGGACAAUAUCAAACUGUGGCCCCCCUUUCUCAGCGUGGUUUUGUCUAUGUUAUUUUGGGGAGAGUGGAAUGUAGACCUGGUAUUUUUUGCUUAGUUUCACUUAGAAGUUAUAUCAGUGUUAGAAGUCAGAUUAAGUCCACUGGUGCAAAAUCAGGUAUAGAGAUUUUGAACUUGGGCAAACCUAAGGUUCUCAAUUUCAGUUAAAUUCAGUGUAAUUUUUUGUGAGCUUUUAGAACUACUCUCCCCCAAAAAGGUUGUCAUUCAAAAUGAUGACCUCUGGGUGUAAGAGAGACAGGCACCUGUCUGUGAGAGUCAGAACACAGGGCUUGGGUCUAUGGAAAUCACCUUUUCUGUGUUUCCACAAAAGAAAAAAGGCAGUAGAGAAAGAGACUAUUUGGGUUACCUCAAAAAUAAUCAAGAUGGGAAAGAAUUGCACAGCUCCACACACACGGGUUGUAUACAGUGAGCUCCACCUCUAGUCACUGCUCCUCAACAGUAGGAAGACUCAAGUUAGAGCAAAGAUUUUGCAUUUGUCUUUCUGGCCUUUGCCUGUCUGUGAUAUCAGUGCAGAGUAGCACCGAGAAGGAGGUAGAAAUCCUGCCCAAGGCUGUGCUGCUGAGCGUGCAUGAAGAUCAGACCUGACGGCCGGGCAUGGUGGCUCAGGCCUGUAAUGCCAGUACUCUGGGAGGCGGAGGUGGGUGGAUUGCUUAAGCUCAGGAGUUUGAGACAAACCUGAGCAAGAGCGAGACCUCAGCUCUAAAAAAUAGCUGGGUGUUGUGGCUGGCGCCUGUAGUCCCAGCUACUCAGGAGGCUGAGACAAGAGAAUUGCUUGAGCCCAGGAGUUUGAGGUUGCUGUGAGCUGUGAUGCCACAGCAGUCUAUCAGGGGCAAGAAAGUAAGACUCCAUUCUGACCCUCCAAAAAAAAGAAAGGAAAAGAAAAAGAAAAUCAGGCCUGAGAUAUCUCGAAGAGGCUGGCAAGUACAAGAGCAUUGCCCAGAGUUAUAAGAGUUAGCAAAUCCAUUCUAUGAAUAAGAAAACGGAACAGUGGAGAGAUUAAGGUAAAAGAAAAAUCAUUUGCAAUUUUAAUUUUUUUAUUUAGUUUUAUAUAAAUAAGACUUUAUAUAUACAUAUGUAUAUUUAUUUGUUUGUUUUCCCUUGGUUAUGGCCAGAGUAAGGCAAAGGAGAUCUCUGAAGUCAUAAUAGACCAUAGAAAAAAGAGAGAAGCUGGGUGCAGUGGCUCACAGCUGUAACCUCAGCUACUCGGGAGGCUGAGGCAGGAGGAUGGCUUGCGUCCAGGAAUAGUGAGACUGGUCUCUUUAAAAAAACAAAGGAGAAAGAUGGAGUCAACUGUGGCCAGUCAUUGAGCCCCCUUCAGUGAGGAGGGGCUGGAUACUCAGGGCUGCCCUAGGAAUCAGCCCAUUUUCCUCAGGGAAGAUGAAGUCCUUCCUGCCUUCAGAGGAGCCCACACAUUAGACAUCUGAGGGCUAGAGAUUCCCUUUCUAAUGAGUGCCAGGAUAAGGAAAGAUUUUGUAUUUAUCUUUCUGAUGUUUGCCUGUCUGUGAUACCAGUGGCUCUCAGGCAUCUUCCUUGUCCCCUCCUGCUCCUCCGUGGGUCCGUUCCUGCCCUGUGCUCUCUCCAGUGAUGGGAAUAGAGGGAGGAGAGUCUAUUCUUAAACUAGGACAAAGGAUCAGACCCAAGUUUGAGUCUCCACUUCUCCAUUUAGCUGGAUGAUCUUGGGCAACUUAUAAAACCUCGGUUUCCUCUUCAGUUAGAAUGUGGGCUCACAAUCAUACCCGCCACACAAGGCUGUUCUGAGGAUUGGCCAUAUCUAUAUAAAUGCCAAGCAAAACAGUGUAGUUGUUUCUUGUCCUCACUGUCUAGAGUAAAUGCCCUCAUUUUCACACUAAAUGUUCCCAUUCCUUCAUCCAUUCUAACCCCUUUAGUCAUUUUUCAGCUUUCCUUUAAUUCCUUGAGUUAUAGAUAUUUGAGCUCUGGAAAAACAAAGGGGUAGUGGGAGAGGAGACUCCUUCAUUGAGCACCUUCAGAGGGCCAAAUACAUUUACUCCCAUUACACUUCUCAUUGUUAUUCCCAUUUCACAGAUGAGAAAGCUGAAACCCAGAGGCGUGCAGGUUUUUGCCUGGGUUCCAUAGGUAGGAAGCAGAAGAGCUGAGAUUUGAAUCUGGUUCUGCCUAACUCAAAGCUGCAACACCUUCCUUUGCAUGACGUCACAAAGCUUCCCUGUUCAGUUUAGAAAUUCACAGAGGCAUGAUAUUGUUUGUGUAUUUUCAAGAUCAGUUAUUAACUUUUUGGCCCCAAGGAGAUCCCCCUACCCAGGUGCCCAGGGGCAGUAGAUAGCUGGCUCAGAGAAAGUCCUAGCAUAUUCUGGAUUAUUAGUGCUAUAGCUGACACUUUGUUCUAGAAGGAAGACAGGUUCCAGUGAGAAUAUCCAGGGGAGGGGCGGCGCCUGUGGCUCAAGGAGUAGGGCACCAGUCCCAUAUGCCGGAGGUGGCGGGUUCAAACCUAGCCCUGGCCAAAAACCACAAAAAAAAAAAAAAAAAGAAUAUCCAGGGGAGUGGGUUCAGAGGUGUCUCAAGGAAUUGGGACAGACUACUAUGAGAGGGAAAAUAAACGUGAGAAAAUAGGAGGCCUCUGAUGAGUUAGCAGGAUUCUGUUACCAGUAAAAUUAUUUCCCAAAGCUCUACAUGUGUGCUUGAUGUCAAAAUUCUUUAUCUAAGGCAGUGCCAUAGCUCAGUGGGUAGAGUGCUGGCCACAUAUACUGAGGCUGGCAGGUUGGAACCCAGCCCAGGCCAGCUAAACAAUGACAACUACAACAAAAAAAUAGCUGGGUGUUGUGGCAGACACCUGUAGUCCCAGCUACUUGGAAGGCUGAGACAAGAGAAUCACUUAAGCCCAAGAGUUGAGGUUGCUGUGAGCUGUGAUGCCAUGGCAUGUCAGGGC